AUGGCUGGAACUAUCGUCUCGCGUUUGCGACGCGCACCUCUUCCUUCGACGUUACGCAUCGUAUGGGUACUAAUUGUGCUGUGGCUGGAGCUCGGCACUUACUACUGGUCUACUAUCGACUGUAUAUGGCCGGAUGAGCCACUUUCUGGCACGAAUCCCGCACAUGUGCUCUUGAUAGCCGACCCACAAGUUCUUGACGAAAACUCGUACCCUGACAGAGGUCCUAUCCUGAUGGCUCUGUCUCAAGCCGUUGUCGACCUCCAGCUCCGUAAAGCAUGGCGCACUGCGCUCGCCACACGCCCGGACGCAGUUGUAUUUCUCGGAGAUAUGCUGGACAACGGAAGGGCAGAGCGCGGCGACACGGAAUAUCGCAAAUAUGUGGACAAGUUCAAUCGUAUGUUCUCUGACACGCGUGGAAGGAAAUUGCCUCGGUAUUAUAUACCUGGCAACCACGAUGUAUGGUUGGGUGGUGACGACCCCCUCAGCCAGCUCGCGCGAUCGCGCUACCAGACGUACUUUGGACCACUCAACUCACACGCGACGAUAGGAGGACACGCCUUAGUGUUCAUCGAUGCGCCUCAUCUUGUCGAAGACGACGCUACACAGCGUCGCGCGGGUGUCGACAUCGAGACCUCGCGCUGGCUACCAGAAACCCUGAAGGAGUUGCAGACCACCAUUCGACUCGGUUCGCGCACUGAAGACCAGCCGCCACGCGUCGUGCUAUUUUCUCACAUUCCGCUCUGGAGAGAUAUGAAUGUCGACUGUGGACCCAAUAGAGAACGGGGCACUCUGAGAGAAGGGCGCGGCUUCGGAUACGAGAAUACACUCAGCCCGGCCAUCAGUCGGAAUUUACUGGAUGGGUUCCAGCCGGUAGUCAUCUUCAGUGGCGACGAUCAUGACUACUAUCUGUGA